CUCAAAUAAUGGCCAGCUAGAUGGAUAGUUUUGAUUGAAGUAGUAAGGGAAGAGAGAGAAAGGAACAAAGGGAGCACAGCAUUUUGAACUCCACACACUAUUUGUCUCUCUAUAAUACAUCUACACUCACACACACUUUGAUCUCUCUCUCUCUCUCUCUCUUUCUUUCUCUCUCUGUCUAUCUCUCUGUGUCUGUCUGUGUGUCUCCCGUAUUUUGCAAUCACUGUUUGGUGUUUUUUGUGUGUUUUGAGUAUUGCGGGGGAAUUUGAUGCGAGAGGGGAGAUAAGGGAGUAGAUCGGAGAUGGCGGAGGUUUCCGGCGAGAGGAGUGUGGCGGAAGUGAGCUCCGGCGAGAAUGGCGGCAAUGUGCGGCCUGCCACGGCGGAGGCUACGCCGCCGCAGCUGACGGUGUCGGCGUCCUUCAAGGAAGGGAAGACGGCCAGGAGGAGAGCGUCGGUGAGGCCGAGUCUGGACGCGGACGAGUUCAUAAAUCUGCUGCACGGCUCGGAUCCGGUGAAAAUGGAGCUCAAUCGACUCGAGAACGAAGUCAGAGACAAGGACCGGGAAUUGUCUGAGGCUCAAGCGGAGAUCAAGGCGUUGAGGUUUUCUGAGCGCUUGCGAGAAAAGGCUGUUGAAGAGCUCAAUGAUGAGUUGGCAAGGGUUGAGGAGAAGCUGAAGUUGGCAGAGUCUCUUCUAGAAAGCAAAAAUCUUGAAAUUAAGAAAAUAAAUGAUGAGAAGAAGGCCUCUAUGGCAGCACAGUUUGCAGCAGAAGCCACUCUUAGGAGGGUUCAUGCUGCUCAAAAGGAUGAUGAUAUGCCCCCAAUUGAAGCAAUUCUUGCUCCUUUGGAGGCUGAACUCAAGUUAGCUCGACAGGAGAUCGCAAAGCUUCAAGAUGAUAACAAGGCAUUGGAUCGUCUCACCAAAUCAAAGGAAGCAGCUCUACUUGACGCCGAGAGAACAGUUCAAUCAGCACUGGCAAAAGCUUCUAUGGUGGAUGAUCUCCAAAACAAGAACCAAGAAUUGAUGAAACAGAUAGAAAUUUGCCAGGAAGAAAACAAAAUUUUGGAUAAAAUGCAUCGCCAAAAGGUUGCUGAGGUUGAAAAGCUUACCCAAACUGUGCGUGAGCUUGAAGAAGCUGUUCUUGCGGGCGGUGCAGCUGCAAAUGCUGUUAGAGAUUACCAGCGGAAAGUUCAAGAGUUGAAUGAGGAGAGAAAAACUCUUGACCGGGAGUUGGCUCGUGCCAAGGUAACUGCAAAUAGAGUGGCAACUGUGGUUGCUAAUGAAUGGAAGGAUUCUAAUGAUAAAGUAAUGCCUGUAAAGCAGUGGCUUGAAGAGAGAAGAUUCUUGCAGGCAGAGAUGCAACAAUUGCGGGAUAAGCUAGCAAUUUCUGAACGAGCUGCAAAGUCAGAAGCCCAGUUAAAAGAAAGAUACCAUCUAAGACUUAAGGUUCUAGAAGAAACUUUAAGGUCAUCUAGCACCAGCGUUCGCAGCACACCAGAUGGAAGAUGUUCAAAUAAUGGUGCUUCACGUCGGCAAUCACUAGGUGGAGCUGAAAAUGUAUCAAAAUUGACCUCUAAUGGAUUUUUACCCAAGAGGUCGCCAUCCUUUCAAUUGAGAUCUUCUGGGACCAGUACAGUGUUGAAGAAUGCAAAAGGGACAUCGAAGUCAUUUGAUGGUGGCUCAAGGUCAUUGGACAGGGGUAAAAACCUUCUUAAUGGCACUGGUCCAAAUUUCAAGCAAAGCCAGUCAUGUGAUGGAGCCAAGGAUAGUGAAACUCAAAAUAAUACCUUGAAAGGAAAUCAAGAUGAAAAACACGAUGAUUUACAAGUAACAGUAACAGUGGAUACUGUGCCAGGAGUAUUGUAUGAUUUACUGCAGAAGGAAGUGAUUGCUUUGAGGAAAGCUGGUCAUGAAAAGGAUCAAAGUCUUAAAGACAAGGAUGAUGCUAUAGAGAUGUUAGCUAAGAAAGUAGACACUCUAACAAAAGCAAUGGAAGUUGAGGCUAAAAAAAUGAGAAGGGAGGUUGCUGCCAUGGAGAAGGAGGUGGCUGCAAUGCGAGUGGAUAAGGAACAUGACAAUAGGGCAAAACAAUUUGGAAAUUCCAAGGGUCCUGUCAACAGUUCUCAGCUCCUUCCUGGAAGGACUGUAGCUAGAAGUGGAGUAACACGCAGCAUGCAAUAGUAGUAAGGAAACUCCCCGAGUACUGCUGUAAGAAGCAAUUAUGCAUAGAUUGGCCUCUGCUCUAAAUUACUUUUCCAUUAUCCUAUUCCACCCCUUAUAUUGUUUAUUGUAAAAUCAUAACAAAGCAUGAAAAACGAGUUUGAUCGAUCCCUCUGCUCUAGUGGGGAAUGUGAAAAAUUAGUCGAGAAGCAGAGAAGACCAAUAUAGAUGGAUUUGGUGUAUUUCCAAGUUAGACUACUGAUCCCUCUCUCCUGUCUGUCUGGUUGUGGCAACAUGAAAUUUAGCUGUUAAGGGGAGAAAACCCACCCGUGGAAUUCGAUAUAUGUUUCUGACUUUAGACUGAUCCCUCUGCUUAGAAAUCACCAAGAAAAGACACUGAAACCAUCAAGGUUGAGCUAACUCUCUUUUGGCUGAAUGAUAUCAGUGGCAGUGAUUGCGAGGCUGUAUAGGUGGCUUGAUGUCAUUUACUUUAUCCAGCUUUUUUAAAAUUAAACCAUGUUUGCAGUCUGUAUUUGUAAUAUGCAAGCUAGUGUGUGAUAUGGUUAAUGGUUCCAGUUUGUCAAUAUUCUUGUAUUGAGUGAUACUACGAUCAGAUUUUUCGCUCCGUAUUUAUUUAUAUUUUUACCUUUUUCUCA